AUGAGUAGUAUAAAAUUUUGUCCUUUUGACGGAUACAGAUUUCUAGGUGAAGAAGAUAAAUGUGUCACUUGUGGAUUUGACAGAUUUCUCGCUGUUAAUAAAAAUUGGGAUUCUUUGACGAAUUCACCAACAAAAAAAGCUCAAUGGCGUAAAUUACUAUGGAUAAAACAAGAUUAUCCUGAUAAUUACGUAGAUAGUUCAUUUCUCGAAGAACUACAAAAGAAUGUUAAUGUUAGAGCAUACGAUUAUUGGACUGUGUUAAAAGAAUCGUGUGUAAUCUCACAACAUAUAAGUAGUAUAGUAAUUUUUAUUGCAGUAUUCAUAUAUCUUUAUCUUGAUAUGCUAUCGGCACAAAAUUUAAUUAUAAGUGGUACCGUAUUUACUAUCAUUGGAUAUAUUUUUUGGGAUAAAAGUAUUUCGAAAACAGAUCCAUCUUAUGAAUACAAAAGAUGGAAAACUGCAAAAGGAGCUGUACUUUUCUUUGCAACACUAUUAUGCAUAUCUCCAAUUUUAAAAACUUUAACAAAAGACACAAGUAGUGAUACAAUAUGGGCUGUAACCGUUAUUUUAUUCCUUGCAAAUAUGUUGUUUCAUGAUUAUGGUUCAGAGAAUAGAACAAAUAUCAAGUUUCCCGGAUCUUUAUCAACGAAUGCUGCCAUAUUUGCUUCGGUUUUGCUAGCUUCAAGAUUACCUUCAAAUUCUCAUGUCUUUGGAUUAAUGUCAUUUGCUAUUGAAUGGUUUGCUUUGUUUCCAAUAUUUCGAAGAUAUACCAAAAGUCUUUCAGCUAAAUUCAAUAUAGCAUUAACUUGUUUAUUAUUCUUAUUAGCUACUUUAUUAUUUUUAAAUAUUUCAAAAGCUAUUGUAACCCUUUUUAUUUUAGGUAUUGUUUUUAUUACUUUUGUUUGUCCUUUUUGGUUAAUUUGGAUACAAAAAUAUAAAAAUGAAAUCCAUGGACCAUGGGAUGAAGCUAGACCUAAAAUUACAACAUAUUAUUAA